AUGGAUCGUGAUUACGGGGGGCUGUGAUUACGGUAGAUCGAUAGGGGGUGAAGAUCGGAGGAAAGCACGUGUCCGCGUCGGCACACCACGUGGCUCGUGACAGCGGAGAGGAGAGAUCCCCAGACAAGUAACAACUGUGCCGGACGAGGGAGAGAACAGCUUUAAAAUGCCCAGGGCUUCCGUGGUGCACAUGACUUCGACGGCGACGAGGCCGCAACACAUGUCACAGGUGUUGGCCACCCUGGCACUGUCGAUGGGAACGCUUUCCUCGGGCCUGGCAAAGGGUUACACCUCGCCCGCCUUGGAUUCCAUCCUGGACAACCAACCGCCUCACCUUUAUCAGUCCACCAACAACGACACGUGGUCGGCUUUCUCGGUGACGCAACAAGAAGCCUCGUGGGUCGCCUCGUUGUCGAUGCUGGGCGCGUGGUUCGGCGCUAUGAUCGGUGAUUGGGUGAUGAGAAGGGGGCGUAGAUUGGCCCUACGCGUCACGUCUUUGCCCCUGGCCGUCGUCUGGAUCCUGACGGGGAUCGCGCCCUGCGUGGAACUGGUCUACGUGACCAGCUUCAUCGGGGGCCUCUGCUGCUCCGUGAUCACCAUGGUCGCGCAGGUAUACAUAUCAGAAAUCUCGAUGCCGGGCAUCAGAGGUUGCCUGUCGGCUAUGCUGAAGGUGCUGGGCCACGUGGGCGUGUUGUUGUCGUAUAUAGCCGGCACGUAUUUGAAUUGGAGGCAAAGCGCCCUCCUGGUGGCAAUAGCGCCCUCGAUGCUCUUUUUGGGGACCCUCUUUAUACCCGAGACGCCGUCGUAUCUCGUUCUGAAUGGCAAAGACGACGAGGCUGCCAACAGCUUGCAGUGGCUGCGCGGUGAUCACGUCGACAUACGUCACGAGCUCCAGGUGAUCAAAACGAACAUUCUCGCGUCACGGGCGAAGCAGUACGAGCUCACGUUCAAGAACAGCGUGUUCACGCCUCGUUUGUACAAGCCCAUCGCCAUCACGUGCGGGUUGAUGUUCUUCCAGAGGUUUUCCGGGGCGAACGCGUUCAAUUAUUACGCGGUGAUCAUAUUCAGGCAGACCCUGGGCGGCAUGAAUCCUCACGGAGCUACCAUCGCGAUUGGCUUCGUCCAACUAUUGGCUUCUCUGUUAUCAGGAUUCCUGAUCGAUAUCGUGGGCAGGUUACCGCUUCUGAUAGCCAGCACCGUGUUCAUGUCGUUGGCGUUGGCCGGUUUCGGCAGUUAUGCCUAUUACAUGUCCCAGACGCAAAAUCUGGGAUAUCCGGACUCGGCGGUGGUCGGCCAACACGAUUGGAUACCGUUGCUCUGCGUCCUCGUCUUCACGACCGCUCUGGCUCUGGGCAUAUCGCCAAUUUCGUGGUUAUUGAUUGGCGAGCUCUUCCCCCUCGAGUAUCGCGGCCUCGGCUCGAGCAUCAGCACCAGCUUCAGCUACUUCUGCGCGUUCGUCGGGAUUAAGCUCUUCAUGGAUUUUCAGCAGACGCUCGGUCUACACGGGGCAUUCUGGUUCUACGCGGCGGUCGCCGUAUGCGGUCUGUGCUUCGUGGUCUGUUGCGUGCCGGAGACAAAGGGGAAACAGCUGGACGAGAUGAACCCGGACUACGCCCAGGCGCGGUAGUAUAAGGCCUCGUUAACGGGGGGCCUGUCGAAUUUCGAGAAGUCCAACAAACCCCUGCCGGGAGGUGCGUACCCGAAUCAACACGAUCCGCGCGAGUUGUACGAUAGGGGUUGCGCUCCGACCGACACCG